AUGGUAGCGGGUCUGACUCCAGAUCAGAAGGGGUCUUCCUCGGUUUCCUCCAUGGUGAGUUUCCACAGGAACACUGAAGACACCACCGUCCCCCGCCUGUGCCCCCUCGCAGACGCCCGAAUCCCCGAAUCUUCCCCUUCGAAGAUGAUGUCAAAGCACUUGGACAGCCCCCCCGCCAUCCCCCCACGGCAGCCCACCACCACCAAGGUCUACUCACCUCGCUACUCGCUCUCGACCGAGCGCACCUCUGUGUCGGAGCCACCUGACAGCCCACCCACCCUGCCGCCGCGGGAGCCCGUGAGAACGCCGGACGUCUUCUCCAGCUCAAACAGCCCCCUGCACCUGCAGCCACCCCCGCUGGGCCGCAUCCGCAGCAGCGAACCCACGCUGAGCCAGACCUUCUUCCCACCCUCGCCGUUCAGCCCGCUCACCCGCCGCCGCCCCCAACUCCCUCACCCUCGCUGGGGCCCAGCGGCCCAGACUGCUGCAGCGACUCCGCCCUCCUCCCUCUGGGGGGUGCAGCUGGCCCCCCUGUGCCCCCUCGCCAGAGCACCAGCAGUGCCGCUGCCCAAGCUAUCCCCAAGCUCCCUCCCAAAACAUACAAAAGGGAGUCGGUGUCACACCCGUCCCUAGUGCAUCGGGACGGCCCACCCCUACUGGAGAAUGCCAACCCCUCUUAAAAAUACUUGUACAUGUGAUAUGGGGGAAAUCAUUAAACACUAAAGACUUUAGACUUGAACAAAACAAAAUUGAAUUGUGAU